GUGAACACAUCUGGGACGCGGACAAAAUUGAGCUUCCCGGGACGAAAUGUCCGAAGUAAAGCCGAUGACACGGUCGUAAGUUAGAGUGUGGCGUCGCCGCGUUUUUAACCGAGCUACAGCGAUGGAUGCCGUGCGAAGAGCCCGUUGUCCGUGCUGAUUUGAGGUUUUCGGACGCUCCGUUAUUGUUUACGUCUUGUAAUUUGUAAUCCUACUCUAACAGCAACCAUUUCCAGUGUAGAGGUCGCAAAUGUGAAAGGAGGCCGUUUUGUAAUUCUGCGAUGUUGUAAACUUCGCAGUAACGGUAUUACUUGUUUUUGUGCAUUCUCUUGUUGGGGUAGAAAUGCGCCUGCAGCUGUCUUCGACAUGCCCGGGCUACGGUUAUGCGGCCGUGUGGUCUUUGUGGGAACGACAUGAGAGUUCUUACGGAUCACCACGACGGGUUUAGCCCGGAAGAAGAUUGAGGGAUGGAGGCUCGAAGGCGGCCUGGUACUCUAAGCACUCCGAACCUGAGGAGAAGAAUGGACCGUAUUUUACCCUUUUCUGAACGCCGAACGUCCAAAGUGUGGGACCACUACACCCAGCUUAGUAUGUAUAGAGUCGAGUGUAAUCACUGCAAGAGGCAGCUGUCUUUUCACAACAGCACCACAUCAAUGAGAGAGCACCUGGGACGGAAGCACAGCAUCCGCGAUGGGGCGGUCCCUCCUCCCAACACGGCUGACGUCCCGAACCCCUCCGCACUGCAUCCCCAGAUGGUCCAGUCCACUUUACUCAGUGGCAGAUUUGCAGCGUCCGCCGUGGGAGCUGACGCUCCGCCAGGCGCGUUUCAGCCCGUGGUGCCUGUUGUCGUCAAAGAGGAGCAGCACGAGGAAGCGUCAGUCGAGGCCGCUGAGGCAAAACACACGUGCACUACGUAUCCCCCUAGCACCGCUGGUGCAGGCAGCACCUCAAAUGCCAACUCCAUUCCCAACCCAGACAUGGAUCCGUCGUACGGGUUUUCUCCAGAGGAGAUCAACAGCACGCUGAGCAGCAGUGGUGGCAGCAGCAAUAACAGCGGCACCAGGGGUUGCAGUGACAAGCGGGCAGGUGUGUUUACAGAGCUGAUCUUGGAGAUGGUGUUCAGGGACCUGCAGCCAUUGUCCGUGGUGGAAGAAAGAGGCUUCAGACUGUUGCUUAGUUGCCUUGAGCCCAACUAUCCAGUACCCUCGCCGUCCUUGCUCGGGAGCCUUCUGUGGCAUCGCUACCACGUUCUCAAACAGUGUCUGCGGCAGCACCUUGAAACCAGCCUGGCCCCUCGCUGUCUGGCUCUCUGCGCCGAACACUGGCGAUCUGUGGAGGGCUGUGGGGUUGAAGGUAGCGGCCAGUUCUACCUCACGGUCAGUUCGCAUUUUGUCGACUCCAACUGGCGCCUGGCCCGCUGUGUUCUAGAGACUCGUCCGAUACCAGAACACAAAGGCGGCACCACCGAAGCUGGCCCUGUGAAGUUUGCGGACACUUUAAAAGCAGUUCUCUCGGAAUUCCACAUUCCUGAGAAUUACGUGUUCUGCAUCGUUUAUGACACUCCCUCGGAAUAUCAACAGGUAUUUCCCGGACCCAGUCGCGCGCCCGUUCUGUCCCUUCCGGACAGCUGGGAGCCGCUUCUUUGUGCAGGGGAGGCUCUCAAAAUUUGCAUCCAGGAGGGUCUUAAUAUAGAGACUGUCAGACAGGCGCUCACAGACGCCCGUGGGAUCAUCCUGCACUUCCAGCACGACAGCGACGCGGCGGCAGCUCUGAACCAGAAAGCCGAGGCCGCCAACAAGGGCUCAGCCCGCCUUGUCCUGGAUGACCCAGGCCGAUGGGCCACCGCUAUCGACAUGUGCGAGAGCCUGUUGGAGCUUAAGUGGGUGGUCAGUUCUGUGCUUGAGGAGCAAAAAGCCGCGCCCAAUUUGGCUGACCACCAAUGGCGGUUGUUGCACGAACUUGUACCGGUGCUAAGGACCGUGCGCAUCGCCGCGUCCUUCCUGAGCGAAGACAUCAACGCUGCCGUUUCUGCCUUGAUGCCGUGCCUGCAGGGUGUGUCCCGCCUCCUCGGGCAGAACAUGGCCGAGUGCGGCUGCCCGCUGGUCAGGGGGGUCAUGGAGAAGAUCCGCUCCGGGAUGGAGAAGCGCUGGAGGCUGAGCGAUGAGGAGGCGCUGCUCGGCUGCCCUGCUGUGCUGGCCUCGUUCCUGGAUCCCAGAUUCAAGGAGAUGCGGUUCCUCAGCCCGCAUGCCCGCAGCAAGCUACACGACAAGGUCAAAGAGCUGCUGUCUGUUCAGGCUUACGCAGAGGAUGGGGCGGCAGGCCAGGAAGCGGACAGAGGCUUGGAAAUAGGAGAGAAUGAGGUUGGAGGGAAUGCUCCGGGUUUGGGCUUGGAUGACCCAUUGCCCAUCCCCACGGUGGCCUCCUUGGACUCGCCCGAGUCCUGCGCGUCAGCGGAAGAGGGCGACAGCAUUGAGCUUCAGCAGAAUGGGACCGUCGUGCCCGUCUCCUCUCCAGAACAGGUCAACGAGAGUACGCACACGGGAUCCUCCCCUUCCAAAGUCGGCGGCGGUGGCCGCAAAAGAUCGGCCGGCAUGGCUGGCCUGACGUCUCCGCUUCGAAGCGACCGGCAGCUCUCUGCCCGAAUGCGGAUGAGCCCCCUUCCUCAAAGCAUGUACGACAUUCUCCUCGGAGAGGAUCCUACCGAGCGCAUGCCUGAGAUCCAACAGCAGCUGGAGAACUACAUAGCAGAGCCGCUGUGCAAACGUAGCCUUUCGCCACUACACUGGUGGCGCAAUAAAGAACAUCGCUUCCCCGCCGUGGCUCGACUCGCGCGCAAGUUUCUGGCCAUCCCAGCGACAGCUAUCCCAGCUGACCGGGCCUUUGCCCCAAGAGAGUGUCCUGUGGCCCACAGGAGAGCCAUGUUGGGACCCAAGCACCUCGACCACAUCUUGUUUCUUCAUCAGAACUGUGAUUAUGUGGAGCAGCUUAAAGGCAGUCCCUCAGGCCAUGGAGAGAGUGACCAUAACAGUAGUGUUAGUGGGAACCAAAGCAGGGACAGCCUCUAUCAGACCUUGGUGUCCUACGACAGUAAGGUUUGAGUGAAGAUCAUUCUUUAUGGACAGGUGCUUCUGGCACACAAGCCUACGAGAGUUAAAGUUCUCAAACGUAAGAUGAUCAGAGUUUUGAAGUGGACACUUUCCGCAACCUUAUUUUUCACACAAGUAUCAGAAUAUGCUCCUUGGGGUCUGUGAUUAAAAGCCCUGACUAGUCAAUAAGUAUUCAUGUAAUAUUUACAAGUUUUCAAUUUAACAGUUGAGCAGCUAUUUAAGAUUAUAUUUACAACAAUCACAGAAAUGUCAUUACUAGUUUCAAACACCUAAUUGCUAUUCCGUCUAAGGAAAUUAUGACACUACUUUUUUUUAGUGUUUGGGCUCUGGGAGUUCUGGAGAACAAUCGUGUGUCUCUGAUGUAUUCAUUAUGUUGAAUGGAUGAUUUUAUGUGCCUGUUAAAUAUUGCAUAAGUGUUAAAUUACAGGGUAAAAGCCUAGAUAUACUGUUACUUAAGAAUAACUGUCUCUGAAGCAUUGUUGAUGAUUACAGGUAAGCUAUUGCCAAGUUCAUGCAUGCAUUUCAACAGUUAUUGUUUCUUCCAUGCACAUAGUAAUGGGAAAAUGACAUUCUGUAACUUGACAUAACUAAUACUUUAUCUUCCCUAAAUGUGGCAGUAGAUUUUAAGGUGUAAUCCAUUACUGCAUGUCAAAUUAACGUGAGUGAAAACCAUUUCAACCAGAAAAUAAACUUUUACUGUCAAGUCA